GACAACAGGAAGUAAACAGCUUUUUUUGAUUUCGAUAACAGCCAAUAUUUAAGUUAUAACAUCUUGUCUCGGAAGCUUUUCUUUUAAAAUAAAUACAUCAAAGUUAUUUACAUUUAACAUUUUUUGAGUGUAUAAAAAUGUGAUAUACAUAAAUAAACAAACCAAGGAUAUGAAUUGAUUGUUCAAAGAAAACGCAACAAUUUAUUUCAUCAAUAUUCUCACUACUAGUUACUACUAGUUAGUUUAUUAAUAGUUAGUAGUACUUAUUUAAUUUAACUUAUAAACUGAAAACAGAACAAUGCCAUUUUUACAUUCACCUAAAUCACGGGAACCCCUUUGGAAAGAGUGGGAUUAUAAAGCUCAAAAGAGUGGAGUACAUGCAACCGUUUACUCUGUGAACGGCGAUGAAUAUAAUGGAGAAUGGCUUAACAAUAAAAAACAUGGUUGGUAUUAAUUAUUAUUAUAAAUGUUAAUAAUUAAUAUUAUAAUAAUUAUUAACCUUAAAUAUUACCAAGGCCGAUUUACACAUUUCUGCCCCCCCCCCUCCCGACCAAAGCACUCAAUUCUGCACACCACUCACUCAAAAAGUUUUUUUUUUAAAUUAUAACUUCAAAUUAAUAAAAAUAAGAUACUUAUUGAUUCAUUAUUCAAUAUUGAUACAAACAAUACAUUUACAAUGGUUUUUGAAACAUAAACUCAUAAACACUUUAAACAAUCUUUGAACCAAAUGAAUUUUUAAUUAAAAUCUAAACUUACAAAGCAUUUUAUAGUAGGGCCUUUUCAAAAUAAUACUGAAGAAUGUUUUAAUAUUUGGUUGUUAUUUUUCUGCCCUCCCCCCCCUUUUUUUUUUAGUGCUAUGGGGAAAUACAGCCCUGAGUAUUAUUACUAUUUAGUUUACACUACUAGUAUUAGACUUUUAGUGUUGGUUAAACAAAGGCCUUUUAUUAACUUAUGAGAUCAGCUGUUUUUCUGAUGUUAAAAUUGUAAGUCUGUAUGAUCGUAGGUCUAUGUUAGAGCAAGAGUGCAUUUCAUUUUUCAACACUGUAAAAAUCCUGAUAUUUUUAUGCAGAAAACAAGUUUUUAGACAGCGAUUCGUUCUAUUACUCAGAAUAGAUUGCCCUUCCUUACUUGCCUCAUUAGUCUAUUCCAUCUGCUUAAUUACUCAUAGUUGUGGACUACCCCAAAGAAAUUUAAAUCUGAUACCUUUAGGUAGAGACUGAGACCACUCCAUGAGACUGACUAAUAUUGGAUUUAGAGGAAAGAGUAAUACAAAUAUUAAGGUUAUCAACUGGAUAGAUUACAAAUUCGUUAUACAUUUUGGAACACCCCCCACCCCAAACCAUCAUCACAACUUUGUCACAUUAUUAAGACUCUGUCAUAAUACGCUAUCACAAAAUCUUCCCCCUAUUAUCGUCUCACAAUAUUGUCAUCAUUUAAGGAUGGCCUCUUGUGUGAAUUUUUGUGUGAAUUUUUUCAUUGUAUCAAAAUGUUCUCUCAGUGCUUUGCUUUUAAUACUUGAUAUUUAAUACUGAAAAAGCACAAAACAGUUUUAAUCACCAAAAUUCCUUUUGGCAUGUGUGAGAAAACUUUGCACCAAAGAUUUUGCCAUUUCACCAUGCACAAUUAAUAAUGGUGCUCAGGCCUGUUCUUGGUCAUGUUUUCAUCAGUGAUAGACCGCCACUCAUCAUGAAGUUACUUCUUGUAAAUCAACGUUAGAUCUUGUGUUUUCUAAAUUGGUUUACAAUAAUUUACACUCUUGCUUUGCUGCUUUAUACUUGGACUUAAUCAAUCCCUUCAAAGUGGUAUGUGCUUCAGACAUUUAAAUUUUAAAUCUUCAGAAUCACUUUGGGCCAUCGUUCCUACUCCUACCCAUCUAUCCUUUUUACGAUUACAAAUUUUACAAGUCAUAUCAUUACAUUACCAGUAUCAUAUUUCAGUUUUCAAGAUAAACUUAAGAGGACACCUAACAAAUGCCAGAAUGUUAAAUCUCUUGCAGGCAAAGGAACUUACAAGUGGAAAGAUACUAACAAAGUUUAUGAUGGUGACUGGAAGAAAGGGAAAAGAAGUGGCUUUGGAACUCUAACACAUUCAGAUGGUAAAGGUGGCUUUACAAAAGAAUAUUCUGGAGGUUGGAAAAAUGAUCUCAGACAUGUAAGCACUUGAUAUUUAAAUUGAGCCUAUUCCCAUAAAACAAAAGAAUAUAUUACAAACCAAAUGCAUUUGCAGGAUUUUUAAGCAUCUCAUUUAUCGCAGUUAUCUAGAAUUUUAUUUAGUGAAUCAGCUUCAUAAGUUAGCGUUAUUGACAUUUUUACAUAGAGAAUUAAGUAUGUUAUUUAUAAAAAUGUUUAUGGGGUAAUAUUAUUUUUAAUAUAAAUAAAUGAAUUCUUUUGAGCUCACUUUUUUAAGGCGAUUAAUUAACAAUCUCCCAUAAAGUAUUUAAAAAUUCUUAAUUCCAAUUAUGUUAUAUUUAUAUUAAUGCUGCUCACCUAGGGCUAUGGGACAGAAUUUUACUCUGAUGAAAAGUUUUACGAAGGAGAAUGGUAUGCUGGUAAAAGAUCAGGCUGGGGAAGAAUGUAUUAUGAGGAUGGCACAAUAUAUGAAGGGGAGUGGUAUGACGAUAAGCGGAGUGGACAAGGAAUGCUGCGAUUAAGUAAGUAUAUUUCUUAUGACCAGUCAGCGGAGCCAGAAUUACUUAAAAGCUAUGAAGCUACAGCCUAAGGAACCAAAAUCCAUAGCGGGCCGGAAAAAAACAUUUUUUAAUGAUUAAAAAUGUAAUCACAAAUGGCAUUCAUUUGAAAAUAAAAAUAAGUUUUCACUUUAAAUGUUUUUCUAUGUUCUGACAAAGCCUCAAGGAUGUCAUAAACUCUAAAUCUGACCCUGUGGGUUGAAAAAAAAAUCUAAUAAUCUGUAAUAAUUACUGGAAUACUGUUAUCUAAAAGGUUGUUGUUUUUUUUCUGGGUGCAAAUUGAGUAGUUCAAAAAAAGUGUGUGUUAUUAACAUGAUAAAAACAUAUUUAAGGACAGAUUUCUAAUAAGUCUGCAGUGAUAUGUAUACUUCUUUUUCUAAACAAAAUUUCAUGAACAAUGAAUCCAAAACAUGAUUUUGUUCCAGCCAAUGAGAACCGCUAUGAAGGAUCGUGGAAAGAAGACAAGAAAAAUGGAGCAGGGAAAUUUUAUUACUUGGACUCUGGGCAGGUGUUUGAGGGAGUCUGGAAGGACGACGUACCAAAAUGUGGUACUAUGAGAGACUUUGGCAGAGAAAAUGCACCAGAACCCACACCAUAUCCAAUACCAGAGGUAUGCUUACAUGACAUGAUAGAUAAUUUAGUUCUAAUUUGUACUUUGGAAAGGUAAAACUUUCUAUGACAUUAACUGAUCUUCCAUUUAGUUUUCAUUAGUUUUAAUAUCAUAGCUUACAUACGAUUAAAACAUGCACUUAAAAUUCUUACAUUUAUAUGACAGUCGUUAGAAAUAAAUAAUAUUUUCUUAAAAACAUAUAAAUAAACAAUUAAUAUUACUUUUAGGAGAUAAUGUCUUUCAAAAUAUUGAUAGUCAAGUCAAACUGAUAAUUUUUAAUGAACUGUUUGUCAGAGUUGUUUACUGGAAAAACAUGUUAUAAUUACUAACAUAAUUCAUUAACUAAUUCUUUCACAUAGGAGCAUAAAUAUUAAAAUAAUUUUUUAUCCUGAGAACAAUAUGUAACUAACUUUUUUUGUGUAACAAACUUGCACUCCAAAAUCAUGCCCGGUCCAAAGGACAAUUACUGAGAAGUAUCCAAAUUACAAGUCUAUUUUUGUUUGUUUCAUUUCCAGGUCAAACUGGCGAACCCUGAAGCUGUCAUUGCCGACUCAGAGGACCAGUUUUUAAAUGAUCACGAUUAACAUGUGAUUGUUUAGUUUCCCUCUGAGUGAAAGACUUGUUUGCAAUACUGAAUAUUUUGGACCCCCUUAAUAAUUACUGGAAUGAGAUGCUGAAUAUAACCUUAAUGACCUUCCAAGAGCUUUGGUAGAAAUUAAGACCAAGUUCUAUCCUCUAUCUUUAUACUUGUCGGUGGCAAAGUUUGGUUUAGAAGACAAUUUUCAAUCUCAAGCAAUCAACAAAUCAAAGAAACAUGUUGAGUUGUCCAAAAUUUAAUGGCAUAUUAAAAAAUAUACUUUAUGAGAGUAUUUCUAGUCUUAGCAUUUAAGAUUCUAACAAAUUAAUUCACUUUUAGGGGAGACAUUUUUACACAAAUAAUCAUAUUAAAACCAGUUAUUUGAUAGUAAAAACACAAAACUAUUCCCAAUUUUUUUUUGUAGAAAACUUAAUAAUUAUGAGUUAAGGGAACUUACUGGUUGUGAACAAGUUUCUUCUGGCAUCUCAUCCUGUUUAUAAUGACAAAAUUGAGUCAAGUAAUUACAAUAAACUUGCAGUGUUAUGCUUUGGUGGAUUGAAUGUUAAAGUCAUGUAGAAAAAAAGAACAUUAUCAUUAUCUCCUUAUUCCAUCUUUCAUUUUAACCAUUCUGGAUACAAAAUGACGGUUGCAUGAAUUCCAGACCAAUGGCAAUGAAUCUAUUGUAAACUUUGUAAAUAAAGUAAACAAAUAAAAAUAUUGUAAUAGACUGGUGAGUUGUUUUUUCAUACAUAAUAAUUUUGAAUGUCUUCAAAUAGAGCACAGUAAAGUCUAUAGAACAAAUUUUUAAAAAAACAUUUGAAAAUUAAAACAACACAAAUAUUGAAAAAACUUUAAACAGAUUUUCUUAUCGCCAUAAACCUUUUAAUAUCAUUAUGAAAACACUUAACAAUAAACCAAAUGAUUUUUUUUAAUGAAAUGAAGAAUAAUACAAUAAUUUUGUUUAGUUUUUAUCAAUGCUCAACAAUGCCACCACUAUUC